ACCGACAGAGUAGUGCGUACAACUGACAGAGUAAUGUACACAACCAACAGAGUAGUGCGUACAACCGACAAAGUAAUGUACAUAACCGACAGAGUAAUGUACAUAACCGACAGAGUAGUGCGUACAAUCGACAGAGUAAAUCUUUGCAACCGACAGAGCAGUACGUACAACCGACAGAGUAGUACGACAGAGUAAUGCACAUAACCGACAGAGUAGAAAUGCCGUUGCCAGCGACCAAGAGUUCAUCUAUUCUAUCGAGGUAUUUCUCCACAGAAAUAAUAUCAAUGUGCCAGCUUUUAAAGAUAGAGUGCAAGUAAUAGUUAAAGGUAAGCAUCAAAAGGCUCCUUUNACGCAAUUGACUCCUUACCCAUGCCUUACAUAUCUUUAAUCAGUACACGAGACUGCUAUGCUGUUUUUGAAGCCUGAUGUGACUAAGAAAGAGAGAGAAUUAUUUUUUCACUGUUUGUUUUGUUAGACUUGUUAUUCACCGCCAGUAACCUCAUAUUUGACUUAGGUCUAAACGUUUAGACCCAAGUCAAAUUUAGAAGGAUUUGUAUGGAGUCAUCAGAGCAUAACUGGGCUAAUAUCUCAAAGACAAUUUGUCCCGAAAUGCUCGUUUUUGGCAAAUAGGCCUCUUGGACGUUGCUCUUUUCAGAAUAUCCUGACAAAUCCCAUAAUUUCACAAAUUAGCACCUCACUCUUACCAUAUUUCAUUUCUUACUAUUCCUCCGCAUUUACAAUUAAUCAGUUCCACAACCACGACGCCGAAGUGUACGCUCCGUAGCGUCUUGUUUGUUUAUAUAAUGCCGUAUUACACGUCCUUAUUUGCUAUGGAAAUUGAUGCCAAACAAAUAUCCCAAGCAUUAGCUAAGCAUUACUUCAAACCAUAGUUAGUAGAGGAGACUGAUCAGGAAAGCCGCAAACAGCAAAGUUGAAAACAGUAGUUUAUUUUGGAAGCUUCCCGACUAUGGCGCGCGGUUUGUUUCAAAAUCCUCAUUGACAGUCAGUAGUGCGUACAACCGACAGAGUAGUGCGUACAACUGACAGAGUAAUGUACACAACCAACAGAGUAGUGCGUACAACCGACAAAGUAAUGUACAUAACCGACAGAGUAAUGUACAUAACCGACAGAGUAGUGCGUACAAUCGACAGA